AUGGACCACGUGAAGGACGUGGUGGGACGACUGGGUGACCAUGACGUUGAGGAUACUUGGCAUGAGCUUUUAAAUAAUGUUUUCCAGGAAAAUGUUGAGGUGUCUUUUGAUCUUCCAGAGCGCUCUCCACUGGCCACGCUGUCCAUCGUUGACCUGAACCCCUCGCAGCCACAGGUGCUGCCCAGCAGCCUGGGGGCCGACCGCAGGGGGCUGCUUUGGAUCCUGGAUGAGGAGGUGCUGAUCCCAGGCUCUGGAGAUGGUGCUGCUUUUGACCGCCUCUGCUCUUACUUUGCCCCAAAAGGAUCUGACCAGGAUGGGGCCGGCUGUGUGCGCAAGUGUGAGCAGGCACUGCACUUUGAGAUCCCACACCAGCUAGGCACCGACCCCGUGCGCUAUGACCUGACGGGCUGGGUGAGCAAGGCCAAGCUCAACCUGUCGGCAGAGAACGCCAGUCAGAUGCUGCAGCAAUCUCAGCUGAAUGCACUGCAGGAGCUGGCAAUGCUGCGCCGCGGGGUGCCGCGGGUCUGCCGUGCUGUGGCGGGGCUGGAAGGGUGCUCACAGGCGGCCCUGCAGCGCAAUGCCUGCGUCAGGAAGGUCUUCGCCAGCAGCUUGGCUGCAGUCAGGAGGAGAUCGGUGUGCGCCCAGCUCAAGCUGCAGGCGGACGCUCUCACUAGCCUGCUGCGGCGCUCCCAGUUGCACUUUGUGCACUCCCUGGUUCCAGGGACAGCGGUGGAGAAGGCAGAUCCACUGCUGCUGGAUGUGCCGGCCUUGCGAGCCCAGCUGGGGGGCACCCAGCUCCUGGAUGCCCUGCGCCUGCGCCGCACUGGGUAUGCGGACCACCUGCUCCUGACCCAUUUCCGACGGCGCUUCCAGGUGCUGGCUCCAGCUGUUAUGAAGAAGUGCACAUCUGCCUACGAGGUGCCGGAUGAGAGCAAGGCAAUCGAGGAGCUCUUCCAGGCGCUGGAUCUGGAGAAGAAAAGUGUGGCCAUAGGACGCAGCCAGGUGUUCCUGAAGGCAGGUGUUCUCUCCAGGCUGGAGAAGCAGCGUGACAAGCUGAUAGCUCAGAAACUGAUCCUCCUCCAGGCAGCCUGUAAGGGCUUCCUCAGCCGUCAGAAGUUCAAGAGGCUGAAGGUACAACGCCUUGCCAUCCGCUGCAUCCAGAAGAAUGUGGUGGUCUUCCAGAUGGUCCGGCACUGGCCCUGGUGGCAGCUGCUGAGCCGCGUGCGGCCCUUGCUCAGCAUUAACUUGGCAGAGGAACAGCUGCGAGUAAAAGAGAAGGAGCUGGUGGCGCUCAGAAGGAAGCUGGAGAGAUCGGAGCAGUCGUGCAGUGAGCUCAGGCAGAACACCGAGAAGCUGGAGAGCAAGAUCAUCGACCUGACGAUGGAGCUGUCAGAUGAGAGGCACAAAGGUGACGUUGCCUGCCAAAUGCUGGAUGGGGAGAGGGCAGAGAGGCUGCGGGGCACUCGGGAGCUGCAGGAGCUGCAGAGCAAGCACGACCAAGUGCAGAAGAAACUGGAGUCAGUGCAGAAGCAGCUGGAGGAGGCCCAACAGUUGGUUCAGCUGCGUGAGAUGAAGAUAAGUGGCUCUGAAGGAGAGGACGCAUGGCAGGUACGAUUCGACUGUGCACAGACGGAGAUUGCCUUCCUCCAAAAGAGACUGGCACAGCUGGAGGAGCGGCUGAGCGCCGAGCUCAGCUCCAGGACGGGGCUUGAGCAAAAGCUGGGUGAGGCGCAGGCGGCAUGCCAGGUGGCACGGGCAGCAGCCCAGCAGCUACAGCGGCGGUGCAGACGGCUGACCUGUGAGCUGGAGGAUGCACGGGUGCUCGCCGAGAGCCAGCAGAGCCGCAGCCAUGAGCUGGAAAAGCGGCAGAAGAAGUUCGAUCUGCAGCUGGCUCAGGCUCUGGGAGAGUCUGCCUUUGAGAGGAGUCUCCGUGAGAAGGUGGUCCAGGAGAAUUCCUCCCUGCGAUGGGAGAUGGGCAAACUGCAGCAGAGCCUGGAGCAGCAGCAGGCGGAGGGUGCCAGCCUGGCACAGCGGGUUUCGCAGCUGGCUGGCCGUGUGCAGGAGCUCAGUGCUCCCGGUGCCCUGGACUCCUGCUCCGUGCCCGUGCUCAGGCAGCAGCUCUGGGAUCUAGAGGCCAGCAGCGCUGAGCAGCGCAAGGAGCUGGAGCGGCAGACAGCCAAUGUGGAUCACCUGGAGCAGCUACACCAGAGGCUGGAGCUGGAGAUUGAGCGGAUGAAGCAGAUCCACCAAAAGGAGCUGGAGGACAAGGACGAGGAGCUGGAGGAUGCACGGCAGUCCUGCCAGAGGAGGCUCCGGCAGCUGGAGAUGCAGCUAGAGCAGGAGCAUGAGGAGAAGCAGACAGCUUUGCGCGAGAAGCAGGACCUGGAGGGGCUCGUGGGCACGCUGUGUGAGCAGAUCGGCCACCGCGACCUGGACGUGGAGAAGCGGCUGCGGAGGGACCUGCGCCGGACACGUGCACUGCUGGCUGAUGCACAGCUGCUGCUGGCUGCCCCCACAGAGCCCGGAACCACUGGCACUGCUGAGCUGCAGCGGCUGCAGAAGCAGCUGGAAGAGAGCGAGGCGAGGUGCGCCGAGGCCCAGAGGUCCCAGCAGGCAGCAGCCCAGGAGCUCGAGAACCUGCACGUGGAGAUGGAGAUGCUGAGCAGGAACAAGACCCUGGCAGAUGAGCAGCUCAGCCAGAUGCAACACGAGAGAGCCGAACUCCUGCGGCGUAUCAGCGAGGACCAGGAGGACCUGAACGAGCUGAUGGCCAAGCACAAGGCUCUGAUUGCACAGUCUGCAACAGAUAUUGCUCAGAUCCAGGAGCUGCAGACACAGGUGGAGGAAGUGAAGAAGGAGAAGCAGAGCCUCCAGGAGAAGCUACUGGUGGCACAAGCAAGUGUGGCACGCCUGGAGCAGCGCCCUGCUGAGCGCGCCGUCAUCAGCCGACAGGAAGCCCGCAUCCGUGACUUGGAGAGCCAGCUGGACUUCCAGGCUGUGCAGAUGAAGCGCUUCGAGGUGCUGGUGCUGCGCUUGCGAGACAGCAUCAUCAAGAUGGGUGAGGAGCUGGAGAAGGCAGCUGAAUCAGAAGCGCGGGAGAAAGAAAGCACCAAAUACUACCAGCGGAGGAUGGAGGAGAUGAAGGCAGACAUGGAUGAGCUGGUGCAACGGGAAUUGGAGUCCAGCCGCCGGCGAGUGGAGUUGGAGCAGCAGUUGGCCGAGGCGGCGGCGGCACGACAAGGGCUGCAGGCAGACCUGGGCACGGCCAUCCGGCGCAUCGCUGACCUGCAGCUGGCCCUGGAGGAGCUGCGCGCCAGCGAUGACAGCGAUGCUGAGAGCGUGCAGACGGCGCGGGACACACUGUGCUCCAAGAGAGAGAUGGAUGCCUGCUCCAGUGUUGGCUCUGUGCUGAGCCUGGAGCCCACAGAAAGCCUCUGCUCCUGGCCAGGCUCAUCUAUAGGCUGGUCAUCCCCAACCGGUGGCAGCGUGGCUGGGAGCAUCUCGACGCUGUCUGUUGGCAGCCGCAGCACCCACGGCCUGAGGGGGAGCAGAGACACCGCAGAGCCCGCAGCCACCCGGCCGGGCUCCUCCUUGAGCACUACGAGAUCCGUUGAUGCUGCAGACACGGGGAAGGCUGUGAGCCCUCUGCUCAGCACGAGGAGACGGGAAUAUGGAAAACCUCCCUCAGACAGCACGGAGCUGAUGAGUCCGCUGGAUAAACCCGCAGUCAGGUCCCCUCUGCCCAGCGCCUCGGCCGCGCUCUCUGACUACGUGGGGGAGCUGCGCAGGAGGAGGGCGGUGGAGAAGGAGCAGGGCCCGCUGCUGGAGGACACCGCGGCCCUCCCCAUCUACCGCACCACCGGAAUCCGGGAGGAGGACCGGGGCCCGCCGCCAUCCGCGCCCCCACUACUCCUCUCUGUCAUUCCUGGUGGGUUCAUCAAGCAGCUCGUCCGUGAGACUGAGAAGGAGUCCAAGGAGGCGAGGCUGAAGAAGGCGGCCAAGGCCAGUGGGAAGGAGGAGCCUGUGGUGGAGGACAGUCCAGCCCAGAGCAGGGAUUCCCCAGCUGCCAAAGGAACCGUGGGCAGUGUGGGGAAGUCCUUGCAGAACGGGCUGCAGGCAGGUGGACAGGGGGGCAAGGGGACACCAACACACACAGCACCGCCCCCGGGACGGCUGCACCUAGCUCCGAUCCCAGCAAAGCUCCCACGGUGGCACAGAGCCCUUGGCCAGAGGGUCCUCAGGCAGUAA